GACCCCACCCCCAACCCUGCACUGAACCAUUUGGGAUUGUUGCCUUGGCCACACAAUAAAUUAACAUGAAAGUGUAGUUGACACAAGUGUGGAGAUGAGGGAAGUGAUUUUCUUCAUGUAGCCGGCUGCUGAGUUUCAUUGCAAUAUUUUCAAGGACUGAGAUUUUCUACAUAUAGUAAAGGAACAAAGCACUACAAAGAGAAGUAAAACGAGCGUGGAGCAGAGUAUUUAAACUGUAUUGUCUCAUCUGGAGAAAUGGCUUUUUUACCUACCAGACUCCCGUCCAAUACCACUUACCCAGAACCCAGCUUCUGCAGUGUGGAAAAUGGUGACAUGCCAUUAAAUCGGGGCGAAGUGUACAUCCUGAUUUCUGUACUAGGAAUUACCUUCAAUGCGUUUGUUCUGAUUAUUUUCUGCGUCAACAAGAAGCCCUACACCGUCCCUGAGAUCUACCUGAGCAACCUGGCUGCAGCUGACCUGGUUCUGAUGAGCUGUUUACCCAUCUGGGCCGUUGAGAUUUUCCAUGGAUAUCAAUGGAAUUUAGGUUCUUUUCUUUGUAAAUUGUACAAUCAGGCUUUUGAUAUGAACUAUAGUUGCAGUGUCUACUUUCUGAUGAUGGUUAGCAUAGAUCGUUACUUGGCUGUGGUGCACCCACUUUCCUGUAAGAAAAUACGCGAGCCACUUUAUGCCAAACUGGGCUGUUUUCUGGUGUGGACUCUGGGCUUCCUCCUGUGUAUCCCCUCCUUCAUCUACCAUGACACUAUGCCUUACUACAACAUUACUGUUUGUGCUGUUGCUUCCCACAAUCUUACUACAGUACUGACGAUUAAGUUGAAUUUCUUCGUGUUUACUUUCAUUGUCCCCAUUUUCGUUAUUUCCUUCUGCACUGUCAUGAUUUUAAAGAGGCUGAGACGCAGGUUACCUGAGGGCCUAAAAGUUCAAAAAACGGAACGCAGAGCCACAACUUUGGUCCUCGCCUGCCUGCUGGCCUUCCUGGUCUGCUGGACUCCAUUCAACUUGAUUAAAAUUGCAUUUUUCCUGUAUGAUUUUGAACAUUUGACAGGGUGCAGGAUUUUAAAAAUGAUGGAUUUUUACGAACAGAUCUUUGUCUACUUAGCCUAUUUCAACAGUGUUCUCAACCCCAUUAUCUAUGUGAUUGCUGGAAAAAACUUCAGGGGAAAGAUUAAGGUGCUCUUCAAGCUGAGAGAAGAGGAACAAACCUCGUGAUUUUAUGAAGAGACUUAAAUGUCUCUAAGGGUCUAAUUGGAUCCAGUUAAACAUAUAAUUCAUGAGCUUUUGAGACAUUUACAACAAGAAUGUUAAUCACAAAGGCAUCAAUUUAGCCCAGCAUUUGUAUU